UGUGAGCACGCUGAUAUUGAGAUGCUACACAACCUAAUUUCACCCGAUUAGCGGCAGCUUUCCGAUCGAACACGACUCUAAAUUGGAAAUAAGAAUAAAGUAGAUUUGCUGUCACCAAUCUGGCAAAUUUCACCGGCUUUUUCUGGAAGCCAGCGCACGUUUUGCUCUAUCGAUGCAAAAUGGCCGAUUAUUUACAUUGGGCAGACGACGCACGAACAUUUAAUAAUCAUCACCCAAGCACAGUUCACGAUUGAACUCCUGCCAUGGUCGAAUGAUUGUUCGAAUGACUAGGAAUCAAUGAAUUUUAUUGACUGUAGUUAACUGUUUGUUAGUCGGCCAAUUCAAAACAGUGAAUCUUCUGCGUGCGGAGCGUGUGUGAUUAGGAAUGAAAAAACACUCGCUGGCGGACGCACUUUACGGACACAGUACGCAAAAGUUGCGCGCGAAAACGUAGGAGUAUCAGGAUAAACACACGAAGUUCUGUUCCUGGUACCGCGCUCUAUGUGUGCUUCAAGCAAGGAUGUGAUCGCGCGUUGAAAUUAGUUGGUACAAAUAAGCUGUGUUCAUAUAUUUUGACGUCGAUCAAACCUGAAAAGAUGAGGUUGCCAUUUGGAAUAGCUACGACAUUAGUUAGGCGUAGCUGGUGCAGUGCAGCAAACAGGCGCCCCAUUAGCAUUGCGGAUGUUACUGCCCAGCUGCCGCCGGCUCGUGUGGGAGAAAAUGUCCCCAGGAAAUAUCUCUCCGACGUUGAGACUAAAGGGACGUGGAAUAUCUUGCGGUGGCUGCUUCAAAAGGAUAGCUUAGGACAGGAUGUAUUCCUGUUGGGACCCCCGGGAUCCAUAAGACGUCGUAUCGUCUUUGCCUACCUCGAGUAUACGGGUCGAGAAGCUGAGUACGUCGCGUUGAGUGCGGACACUACAGAUUCUGAUCUGAAACAGUACCGUGAACUAAGUAGUAGCCAGGCUGGCUGGAGAGAUCAGGCGGCUGUUCGAGCAGCCACGAAAGGUCGCGUUCUUGUUCUUGAUGGCGUCGAACGGGCAGAACGAAAUCUGCUCCCGCUUAUAAAUAAUCUUCUUGAGAAUCGUGAAAUGCACCUUGAUGAUGGUGGCUUUCUUUUACGUUCCGACAAAUUUGAUGCUCUUGCCAGUGAGGUUGGCUUAGAAAAAUUAUUGGAUUGGGGUAUGCGACGGGUUCAUGAAGAUUUUCGGGUUGUUGCCCUUGGUCUACCAGUCCCUCCAUUUAAGGGAAAUACACUGGAUCCUCCCUUUCGGUCACGUUUCCAGUGUAAAGCUCUCAAGUUUCCAGACUUCGACGACGCGUCUACUGAGCUCAGAGCUCUGGCUCCCUCCAGCAAUACCAGUCAACAACUCAAACCGUUGCUCAAUAUCGUUUAUACGAUCAAUACGCCGCAGUUACAAGAACUCGGUUUACCUUUCUUCUCAUACGAUUCUUGUCAGCGGAUGGUCAAGCUCAUGGAACUGAAGUUUUCCCUUUCAGAGGCCCUUGACAUCGUCUACCCUUCGUUUCAUUUGAGUGACGAGGCGCGAAAGUCUAUCGCUGACAUCGUAACUAAAGAGGAUCGUUCCAUAACGAAACGGCGAGGGUCCCGUUCAGUAAUCGCUGGAAAGGCUUCGGAAAUGUCUUGUUUUGCGAUAGCGGAUACACAAAUUGCUCUGUCUAGAAAGCACAGCGAUUCCACAUCCCGUUUAGUGUUAACUCCAUCGUUUACGUACGCCGCAGACACACUUUUAAAAGUGCUUUCUAUCGGCGACGUCUGUGUUAUUGGACCGCGAGGUAGCGGUAAAAAUACUUUGGCACGAUUCGUAGCGGAACGCCUAGGAUACAAGCCUAAAUCAGUUCAACGAGUUGGUCUGUACAAAGAUAUGAGUGGAAGAGAACUCCUUCAGAGCCGACGGCUUGAGGAUGGCACGACGAUUUGGAGGGACUCACCGAUCGUUAGUGCUGCCCUAGAAGGCAAUUGUCUCAUUUUGGAUGGUAUCGAUGUGCUUGAUCCAACGGUACUGAGCUCCCUUCAAUGUCUGAUCUUUGAACGCGAGCUCUGGUUAUCUGACGGUACAAAGUUAUUGCGUCAUGAUCGCUGGGAAGCGAUAGGCGCCACAGGAAACGCUCGUCCGGUCCAUCCCAAGUUCAAAAUAAUCGCUCUGGCAGAGCCUCCUAAAGCGGAUUCAUUAGACAGAACCUGGCUGACAUCCGAAGUAAGCAGUAUGUUCAUGACUCUCUAUGUACCAACGUGUCCCGCUGAGGAAAUGGCCAGCGUGAUAUCUGCUCUAGUUGGUAAUGAGCCACCAUCGGAAUUGCUCAAGGCGGUUACGGCUCUCCGAAGUUCAACAGAUGCAAGCCUUCGCUCAUUGUCGGAUUGUCUUAGCACGCGUCAGCUAAUCCGGAUCUGUCGUAAACUAUCAGCAUAUCCUACUAAUUCGUUGUACGAAUUGUUGACUGAAGCUAUGCUUAUCAAAUUUGCUCCUCAACUGACAAAGAUGGCGUUUGACGAGAGCCUAAGCGCAUGUGGAAUUGAAAAUUCUCACAAUAAAACUAAGACGUUGGACACUAACAACCUUGACAUAAAGGUUGACAGAACUACGGUGACCAUUGGCGACGUUGUGAUACCCAGAAGUCUCGAGCAGAAAGCUCCCGCUAAAAUACCCAGUACUCUUUACUAUAAAAAUCCUCGACAAUUGCAGCAGCUUUACCGCAUCGCACAGGAUUUGGUCCUUGGGGAGCAUUUACUACUUGUUGGCAAUCAGGGUGUUGGUAAGAACAAGAUUAUCGAUCACCUUUUAGCUAUGUGCAAUCGUCCACGCGAAUAUAUGCAGCUUCAUAGGGAUUCUACCAUUGCGUCAUUGUCCGUCCAACCACAGCUCAUUGACGGUAGCGUUGUAUAUCAGGAUUCUCCAUUAUUGAAGGCUUUAGUUGAGGGCCACGUUGCCGUGAUUGACGAGGCGGACAAAGCCCCCGUUCAAGUGGUGCGCAUGCUGCAUUCUCUUUUGGCCCGAGGUGAAAUGCAGAUCUUGGACGGGCGACGAAUCGUCUCUAAACCCAAGGAGCUCGCUGGGCCGCAGGAGAUUGCUAUGCACCCAAACUUUCAGGCAAUUGUCUUGGCAAAUCGGCCGGGCUUUCCAUUCAUGGGACACGACUUCUUCCCAUUAAUAGGAGACGCAAUGGCUGUACAUUCUAUCGACGCGCCUGAUGCCCCUUCCGAACGAGCUCUUCUAGCUAAUUAUGCGCCGAAUCUUUCAGCCGAGCAACGCAUUCAGCUUGUCGAUCUAUUUGCAGAUCUUCGCGAGCUCUACGAUUCUGGACAGAUUAAAUACCCGUUCUCCACACGAGAGUUAGUAAACGUCGCCCGCCACCUGUCUGCAUUUCCGGCCGAUGGAGCCCUGCAGGCUCUAGCAAACGUCCUCGAUUUCGAUUCGUACGAACCAAACGCAAGAAAACUCAUCGGGACUAUUAUUCGGAAGUACGGCAUUCCAUUCGAUACGGACGCAUCCAACAUCUUCCUAGCCGAAACCCAUGAACUAGGCCCAUGGAUAAAUGUUACCAGCUUCAAUAUUAGCUGGAACAGGACCGACGAUAUUAAUAAAAAACCUAUAAAGUUUGUUGAUCAGUUGUUUCUGAAGCAGGGCUCACGGAUUCAAGUGACUUCAUCUUUUCCACGACUUGAUCGCUUCACAGAACUCAGUCAACAGUUUCGAGUGCCAUUUUCCCGAAUUAAAGAGCUUCUCAUCUCGGGGGGAACGCCUCACGUUAUAAGUUUUGAGGGUCAGCCCAUUGUGGGUACGUUAGAUUUGAAAUCCCGCGUGUGGAAUGUGAAGAGCAUACCACUUGCCUCUAAAGAGCUUCUUGCUUUUGGACUGCGAGACCCCGAUCCGGGAAAAUUCGCUCUUUUGGAUCAGUCGCAGGAAAACUUAUACAUGACAAACUUGAGUCAAAAUGUGAUCAACUUAUCAAAUGUUCCGUCUGGCAAGAUCCUACACCGAGGUUUUAACCGACUCAUUAUUAAAACCAAACCAAAUGAAGUGGUCGUAAUGCCGCUCAAAUAUCCAAUGAGUUUUUAUUGGUCGCUAACGCUAAACGAAAGCGUGAGUUGCGCUGUGCCAUUCGGCUCUGAUCAACUUAUUUUACUUAAUAAGAGUCUGCUUUACGACCUCGAGAAAAACCGCGUGAGCUUCGCCAGUCUACCAAAUGGACUGAAGUUCCUCGACCAUGACAUCUUUAAUUCUGACCUUCACAUUAUUGGUCAAGUGAGACUAUCAGAUGACCAAGCGACAUUGUCAGCCGUAUAUAGACCGAAGUUCGAGUCUUGUGAGGAGGCAGUGGCUCUGGGUGCCGGAAUGACCGCGGCCACCAUGAGUGGGCCCCCUUAUGGUCUCGAAUACAUCAAACUGCAAGCGAACAGAGUGUCUCGCUUGCCACUGAAUCAGAAGAAUAGCUUUUUGAGGGCAUGCGAUACCAUCCCAGGACGACUGUACAGCCUCGAACAGACUCGACAAGGCUGGCAUCUUAACACGUAUACACUCGCAACCGCUGAGCUUGGACGUGAACUCGAGGACUGGCAGAGAACGCUGGGUUCAAAUCCUCGCCACGAACCGAAAGGACCCAAGCAUGGCAGAACGGACAACGAAGAACAUCAUGGGGGCAACACAUGGGCCGGCGGCACUGGAGGGUCAGACACAGCUGGUCUUGGUGGAGUCGGCGGUCCUUACCGCCUCGAUAAGGGCUUCGACGUCCAUCAAGUUUCGGAUGAGAUCAAAGGGACGGUGCCUCGCCAUAUCAAGGAGCAGGCAAAACAAAUAGCUCGAGAAGCGCUGGAGCGCAGGCUAAAGGAGAUAAACAUGUCUGACUCCGAGCACAAUGUUUACCGAGACUAUUUGGAAUCGGUGAAGACAUCGUCACAGACUUUACGCGUUAUUCUUGAAGGUCUCGAGGGUAAACGACGCGAACGCGAAUGGGUACGCCAUCGCAGUGAGGGUGACAUCGAUGAAGUCAAACUUGUCGAAGCUGCUGCGGGCGAAAACAAUGUUUUCAAACGCCGAAUGUCGCCUCAAGAUUUUAGCCGAGGGAUACAGGAAAAGCCGAAACGGUUAAGUCUGCUUGUCGACGUUAGCGGAUCAAUGUAUCGUUUUAAUGGCUACGAUGGACGACUGCAGCGAGAAAUGGAGGCCGUAAUCCUGCUUAUGGAUGCUCUUCAUGGAUUUCAACAUAAGAUACAGUACGAGAUUCGUGGACACAGCGGUGAAGCGUCUAAUAUUCCGCUGGUAAAAAGCGGUGAGCCGCCAGCAGACGAACGUGGACGACUCGAGGUUCUAAAAAAGAUGUACGCGCACGCCCAGUAUUGUCUCUCGGGCGAUUUCACGUUGCAGGCAGUGCAGCAAGCUGUCGCCGAGAUGAGUAACUGUGACGACUUCGAUGAGAACUGCGUGAUUCUGCUUAGUGAUGCUAACCUCGAGCGUUACGGGAUUUCUGCCCGGCUAUUGGCAAAGGCAAUGACGGCACGUCAACCGCUUGUUCAAGUCUAUGCCGUUCUUAUAGGGUCUCUCGGUGCCCAGGCUCACGCACUAAAAAGAGAGCUACCACCCGGCCACGGAUUUAUUUGUAUGGAAACAAGGGAGCUGCCGCAGAUCAUCAAACAAAUUUUUACAGCAAAGCUCAUCUCGUAAUCGUGUUAGCAUGAACCGCUUUACAUUCCUAUUCCAUAUACUUCAUGUAAACAUAUGGGAAAUUAUCUUUAUAUAAAACGCAAGGAACGUUUUAACAGAAGUACAAGUAGUGUUCGGAGCAACGAAUGGGAAAAAAUAAAAAUGAAUCGUUAUGAACUCGAUGGAGAUUUAUGAAUGUUAACUGCAUUAGUAUCCUUGAUGAGGCUGUCAAUGUCGUCACUAGAAAUUUCCCAUUAGUUUGUAGCAUUUACUUCCAACCCGUUAAACGUCCCUAAUCUCAUACGCCAGUGUUUCUUCUUGUGCUAUAUGUACGUGUUGUUGUAGUGGGUAAUGGAGGUAAAUGUUGCCUCUGUUUCAUCUUAGAGUGAAUUCCCGUUUUUGUUUUUGAUAAAAACACAUUACGAAUUUCGAGCGCGUAAAAGUUUAAUGCUUAGGCAAAAAAAGGGCAGUAAAUUGCCCCGGAAGUUAAAUGUCGCUUCAUUAUAUUGCAGAAAGGCUGUGAACGAACCUAGGUUACGAACUCUGCCUAGUUUGCAACAGCAGUUGGGAAACCUUGAGAAUGCCUUAUUGAGCUAACAGAUUGGGAAGCCGAUGUUGCUCCCGCGUAAUCGUAUUUAGUAGGGCAUAGUGAAGUUGCUCGUGUACUCUGUACGACUCGCAUUUCAUUGAGCGGACCUGUCGAACGAUGGGUAGCAACGGGUAUUAACAUCUAACACAUACAUAGGUAUAUAAUGCAAACGCGACCCUUAUUUCCAUGUCUGUGCUAUAACUUUUGUUUCGCCUCUUUACAACUCUUUGAAAUAGGCCUCAAUAUUUUUAUGUGGCUUGCUGAUCAAGGCCUGAACAAAAAAAAAAAAAAGAAGAAAAAACAAAUAAUUCGCUCUUCAAAAGCAGAAUAAACGAGAUCAUUGGUUUCAACUUAUUGCAUAACUGAUUCUAUCGAUUGGUAAAACGUUCCUUUUUAAAAGUUGCUUUAUUUUUUAUUAAUCGCUAACUAAUUAGGGUUAAGCUAUCGAUUCGAUUUACAAAGUUAAUUGUUACGCUAGGUAAUUACUUAGUUGUGUCACAGUUUUUUGUACGACUCGAUUAGAAAUAAACUUUAAAGAGAGAUCUUCGUUUACCUGUUGAAAAUUCACUCUAUAGUAAUAUUUAAUAGAACACUGAUUACCGCUGUACCCUACUC